CCCUCUUCCCCUCUUCCCCCGUCUUCUCCUUCCUCUAACCCUAUAAAUAAUAUAUAUAGCUCUGCAGCAGAAUCAAACCAAAACGCUCUGGUUCUUGUUUGAUUUUGAGUUUAGAUACAGCUAUAGAGCUUCGAGUAGCGAUUAAUAGUGAUAAUCGCGGUGGGAUAAUCAGAUGGAAAUUGCGCAUUUUAUAUUUGGGAUUUUUGGCAAUGCGACUGCGCUCUUCUUGUUCUUGUCUCCCAUAUUAACGUUCCGGAGAGUUAUUCGGAAGAAGUCCACAGAAGAUUUCUCGGGAGUUCCGUACAACAUGACCUUGCUGAACUGCCUCCUCUCCGCCUGGUACGGGCUACCGUUUGUCUCACCAAAUAACAUGCUGGUGUGGACGAUCAAUGGCACGGGGGCGCUGAUUGAGGCCAUCUACGUGCUCAUCUUCCUCAUUUACGCGCCCACGAAGGUGAGGGGUCGCAUGUUCGCGCUCCUCUCUCUCGUCUCCUCCUUGUUUGCCGCCAUUGCUCUCAUCUCCGUGCUCGCCCUCCACGACAACUCUCGCAAGCUCUUCUGCGGCUCCGCGGCCACCAUCUUCUCCAUCUGCAUGUACGCCUCGCCUCUCUCCAUCAUGAGGCUUGUGAUCAAGACAAAGAGUGUGGAGUUCAUGCCAUUCUUUCUAUCUCUAUUUGUAUUCUUGUGUGGAACAUCAUGGUUUAUCUACGGUUUGCUAGGCCGCGAUCUUUUCAUCAUUAUACCAAAUGGUUGUGGAAGUGCACUUGGUGCAGUGCAGCUGAUACUGUACAUGAUUUACAGAAACAACAGGGGAGAAAAAGAUCAUGCCGCCGCCGAUCUCAAGGCCGCCGCUCUGAAGAGCAAGGCCAUUGAGAUCGGCGGGGGGGGGGAGCGCCGCCAAGAUAUAGCAAAGAGAAGGAGAAGGAGAAGAAGAAGAAGAAUGAGGAAGCCGAAAAAGAGCAGGUGUAAGUUGUUAUAUUUGAAUGGAGGUGAAGUCUCAGUACAGAGAACAUAG